AUGCAAGGCAAUUAAGGUUCCUAGAAGAAAGAUAUUGAAUUUGGUUCUUGUCCUUUUUCAGAAGCAAUGAAGCCUCCCAAAGGACAUGAAAAUAAAUGCCGCAGCAACCAGAGAUCAAAAUUGCAGAUGGAAGUGCUGAAAAGAAAAAAGAGAAAAAAGAAAAGUAACCCAAAGGAGGAUGUCCAUUUAUGUCGAGUGAAAAAAAAAGAAAUCCGCCCACUAGGCCACCUUGAAGAAUAAUAUGACACUUAUUAUAUAAGUCCUUUGAAUUAUCUACUUGAUACUCGUGGAUUGUGGAUGUUGGCAUUUGAUUCUAAGGAAGUUAAAAAAGGUAAGGCUCUCUAAUAUUCAAUCUUAGGUCCAAUUAAGGAUAGAAGGAAAGUAUUCGAUACAUAUCCAACUUAUUUAAAAAGUACAUUGUUUCAUGAUGACGAAAACACAAAAAAACUCAGACAAUGCGAAGUGGCCUAAAGAUUUUUUGUUUAUGAUAAGUUUAGAGAAAAAGGAAAUAAACUAUUGCAAAAAUAAGAAUAUGAUGAGGCUAUUAGAUAUUAUGAAAGAGCCUUGGGAUGUUUCCGUUACUUGGAGGUAGUAGAGCCCCCUGAGGAAGAAUCUGAUGAGGAGGAAGCAAAUCAAUAAUAAGACACCUCAAAUAUGACUGAAAAGGAGAGAAAGGAACUGGAAGAUAUGAAAAAAUCAGCCAAAUAAUAUAGGAAAGAAUAAAAGGAAUUCAAAAAAUAAUACAAAUCAUUAAUGACUAUUUACACUGAUGAAAAUGUUAAAUACAAUGGAGUUGAGCAUAUUCAAGAUGAGGCUGAUAAAGAAAUGUGUAAUUCCAUAAUGUAUGGUCUGUAUCUCAAUAUGUCUGUUUGUUAUAUGAAGAUGUCGCAUUUCGAUUUAGCAAGAAAGAUCUUGGAUGAUGCAGGUGUUAUUUAGAAAGAAAAUUCAUAAUAUUUAUUUAGGUAUUCUUAAGCGAUUUUAUAUGAUAAAUGGUCUACUUAUAAAGAUCUACUAAGAGCAAAAGAACUUAUUGAGAAAGCUAUUAGUUUGUCUAACGUUGAAAACAUUUUCAAAUAAGGUCCUGGAAUAUUGAAGUUGAUGGGCUUAGAAAAUGCCAAAGAAAUCUAUGUUGAACAUGCACACAGAGUUAUGGAAGCAUUGAAAUUAAAGAAAUAGUGGGUUCAAGAAAUAGUGGAACCACUAUUCUUAAGAGCCAAGGAAAUCGAUGAAAUUGAGUAAGAGAUGAUCGAAGAUGGCAAAGUACCCUAUGAAGAAGGUGUUACCGAUGUCGUUGAUCCAGAUGAUUUGAUUCAAUAACAAAAUGAAACAGACAAGCAAUUCUUAUAUAGAGUGUGUAUGCCACAAUUGACACAAGAACAUCAAGAAUAUGAAAUUGUUAAAGAAAUGGUUAACAAAUAUUAUAGAAUAAUUGAGUUUUACGCUGAAUAAAAGAAAUAUGAUUAAGUUAAGAUUGCAAAAUAGGAAUUAUAAAGACUCCUAGAAACUGUACAAACAAUGUCAUUCUAUAUGAAUUUGGAUCUAAUUGAUUAUGAAAAUGAUGAGAUACUUAAAGAACUUGUAACCAAACACUAAAUAAAUUUUACUGACAGGAAAUAUGUCAGAAGAUUGAUUAGACUUUGUAGAGAAAAUGUGACUGAAAUCUUUGGUUAAGGAAAAUUCAAUUUCGAAGUGUUUGAAUAUGCUAUGACAGAUUACUUUAAGAAAAAGAGGGAAUAAGAAGAAAGAGAAAGAGAAGAAUACUUAAAAUAACAUCCUGAACCAGUAAAACCAAAACAAGAGUCUUCGUUCUUGAAGAAAACCUUAUUUUCAACAGAGUUUUGGAUGCAAAUGCUCGUAUUAUUAUUGGUAAUGGGAGCCAUGUUUUAUUUUAAUAAUAAUACAGGUUUUAUUGGCAAACUUUUCUCCCUCAAAAAAUGA